AAACUGGCCGUGUGUAAAGGGGUGUUAGCCGGUCCAGUAACCUGAUCAGCAGUGCCCAUCUCCAUUCCUUUCCCCAAAAUAACUCAGCAUUCAGCCAGCUAAUUCUUCACAGAGUACAGACACAUUCUCACAUUAGAGUAAGGUACAGAAGACAGGCCAGAGAGAAGGAGGACACACCUCCAUGCUGCGAUAGUGCCCACUAUACUUUCUGUUGACCAGUUAUAGUUUAGUAUAGGCCACAUAGCGUAUCUAAUUCAUUAGUCACAAGUGAAUAGAGGCACAUUAUGAAGUUUUAAACCUAGAUAGAUCAUAACCUUGUUGCAAUACUUACCGGCACAGGAAUACAAUAAAAAAAAAAUAUUUUUGGACCAGGACUAUUGCAUAGUGUAAAUAUGAUGUCAGAUGAGUAUUUGGUGGAGUGUAAUAUUGACGACGAUGAUGAUGAAGAUGACUAUGAGGUGAGGAAAAUCCAGCCUUCCCCACCACCAGAGUUUAGCUCCACCCCCUCCAUCACUCCCCAGCCCUCGCUCAUUCACACUGACAUCAGAGAUCCAUGCGGUGUCAACAAACAUUUAAAGAUAGACUUCAGUGAUGUUUUGGCAGAGCCUGCCUCCACGCACAGCUAUGACCGUGUGUGGGUUUACAGCAGUAUCGCCUUUGAGGCAAUGAAGCUGUGGGGUUACCGAUGCCUGACGACCCUGUGUGCUGUUCCCAUUUCGUGCCUCUGUGGCUGUCUCUUUGCCCUUCUGGCCUGUAUGCAUAUCUGGUGUGUGAUGCCAUGUAUCCAGGUGUGCCACACAUGCUUGCCAUGUGUAAGGUCAAUUUGGAUGAGUCUGGUCAAUAUCUUCAUCGCUCCAUUCUGCACGUCUGUGGCUCGGUGUUGUACUGGCAUACAUGUGCUGUUUUCGAAAGAGUGAUGAAGUACAACGAAGAAAGAAAGAAAAACAUCACUAUAAGACAUUCAAAGAUAAAGAAUAAAUGUUAUUUUGUAUUUCAUUUAAUGUCUUUAUUGGAAUCAUCUUCGUGUAACUAACAGUGCAUGCCAGAAGGUGUUCUCUACUUCAUAUUAUUUAAUAAUAACAACAUUACAUUUUAUCGUUUUAUAUAUUUAUAUUUUUCAUUCUUUAGCUGUAUGAUAUAUAACAAGCAAUGCCAUGUAUUAUCUAACUAUCUAAUAACAUUAAUGUCAUUUACACAGUGAUCUGUAUUUGAAUUAAACAUCCACUUACAGUAUGUAUUUAUUUUAAGUAUAUGUUUGCAUUACUAUCAAUAAUUUUAUAUGUAGCCUACAUGUGUCAUUUCUUUGUUUUUA